UCAACUGCCAACCCACAGUCACACUGGUCGCGUCGUUGGAGAAAUCGUGAAAGGAUAUGUCUCCGUGUUUAGUUAAUAAAAAUACAUAAAAAAAUAUGUGCAAUUCUUAAAAGUUUAGAAUAGCAGCGUAGAGUAGUUAAUCAGUCGAGUGCUAGGUAAAAUAAUAAAAUUGUACAACGUUCGUGAAACCGUUCUGCGCGCAUAAGCAGAAAAAUAUAUAAUAAUAGACCUACCAACACACAAACAAACUCACGCAGAGAAGUUCGUUGUCGUCGAAAGGAAAAAAUAACGAAAAGAAAGGAAAAUAAAAGUGCAAUAGAUUCGGUUUACAUUGUGCAAAAAAUCGAAGUAGCCCCUGCCAACAGGGUCGCUAAAAAUAAAGACGGGCGACAGCCUCUGUUUAUCGUUGGAAAUAAACAAAUAACCAGCGGAGAAUCAUAACAAAAGCGCAAGACUAACCAGCAAAAAAAGACAAAGGGACCCCCCUUUUUGGGGUUGAAACCCCUCUUUAGAAAGCCGACCAGGAUCGCCACGACUAUGAGAUACCGUGCAGUCUAGUUUACAGAGAAGACUUACGAACAAAAUGCCUUGCGACAACGCCAAAACCUCUUCGGAUAUCGAGCAUGUGGAUUGGAAUUCCGGCCAGCACUAUGCAAAUGUCAGAUUCGGUUCCGGGAGCAGCCAGGCCUCGCAGAACAGCGGUGAUAUUUGCCGCAUCUGCCACUGCGAGAGUGAUCCGCAGAACCCGCUGCUGACGCCGUGCUACUGCUCCGGAAGCCUGAAGUACGUGCACCAGGCCUGCCUGCAGCAAUGGCUCACCGCCUCCGAGACGAAUUCCUGCGAGCUCUGCAAGUUCCCCUUCAUCAUGCACACCAAGAUUAAGCCCUUCAACGAGUGGCGCAGCCUUGACAUCUCCGGCAUUGAAAGGCGGCGGCUGUGCUGCUCCGUCCUGUUCCAUUGUGCCGCCGCCCUGUGCGUCAUCUGGUCGCUGUGUGUGCUCAUCGAGCGGGCCGCCGACGAUGUCCAACGUGGCCUAAUAGAUUGGCCCUUCUGGACGAAGCUGGCCGUUGUCACCGUGGGCUUGACCGGCGGAAUUGUCUUCAUGUACAUCCAGUGCAAGGCGUAUCUGCAUCUCUGCCACCGCUGGAAGGCACGCAACAGAAUUCUGCUUAUUCAGAAUGCCCCGGAGAAGAUCCACCCGUUGGCGCCUCCAUCCCCAGUAGCCGCCCAUCAUCAGCACUUCAGUGAGCCGCUGGCUCAUGCCGGACCGGCCAGCGGAGCGGUGGAGAUCAAUGCCAGCGGAGCGGCCGGCGGUCAUUGUGCCCACGAAGCGAGCUGUGCGUCAAUGGAGAACGGAGGCGGUGGUCCUGGCCUGGGUCUGCACCAGCAAAUGCAGCGCCUUCUUAAUGCCUCACCACACCAUAUGCUUCAACUGGCCGCGGAACUGGAGGUGCCCCACAGCAGUAGCAGUGCCUGCACGCAAACGGAGGACGGCCAUGGCCACCAGCGGCACCAACAGAUGCAGCCGGGCGGUCAGCAGUUGGGCCAAGUGGCGGUGGCCGCCAACAUUGAGUGCUCGCAGUCGCAGCACAAUUACGAUCGCGACUGGGCGCUCGAUGACGUCGUCUCACAGAUCUCCUCAUUCCGGCCCUGUCCCCAGGGAUCGGGCAGCAUGACGCCCUUCCACGACUCCAUACACAAUGUGCUGGAGCACUCGGAGGGCUCAAGUCGCGGCUCGGCCACGGAUCUGUGUGCCGGUUCACGUCAAGAUCUCAGUGCCAGCGGCAUCUCCACGGACACUGGCCGCGAACAUGCCCUCCAGCUCAGCAGCUUCAGUGGCAGUGGCGAGCACAAGGCGCCCUCGAUCAGCUCCGGAGUGUCGCAUGCGGUGGCCAAUGGCCUUGGUGGCUUCGUUUACAAGCCGCACCAGACAAAGCGCUACUCCAAUUCGUCCAUCUUUCUGGAGAACCGCGAUGUGCUGAGCGAUCAGACCAGCGUGGGUCCGGAUACUGCCGUUCAUCCUUAUGACUACAGCACGCCGCCAAAGAUCGACUAUCGUCAUUCGGGCAUGAUGAGUGUGGACUUGCCCAUUGGUUGUUGCACCACCGAUUGUUUGGUUGGUCAGCAGGCGAAGGAGGAGCUUCGGCGCUACUCUGAUCCCAAGUUAAAGCCCGGCGAGGCGGACACCGUACUGGAUAUCGAUCUGCCCACAUCGCCACUAUCGCCACCUGCCGCUUAUGCCAGCCAGCAGAAGCAGAGGGAAUCGCGCCAGCAUCCGCAUCCGCUGGUCAUCUCCUCAUCUUUUGAUCGGGGUGUGGAUGGAGUGAGCAGCAGCAGGAGCAGCAGAGACGUCCAGAUGGAUCGUACGCGGCUCAGUUUCAAGUCGUUGCCAAAUCUCAGCAGUAGCUGCGAAAGUUUGCUCCAAAAGUGAGGGACAUACCCCGCUCAACUGAUCUGAUGUGAUCCCCCAUUAUCUGCGCGCUCUCUAUCCCCCAAAAUGAAACCCUCUGCUCUCAAGUAUUCACCGCUGGUCGAAGGAGACCCCGAGAUCCACAUAGAAUGUAAAACAAACGAAAUACUAUUUUUUAUACCGCACACCAAGGGGCUUCAAAAGCCAGAUCGUGGCCAGCGGCCCAGCAAUCCCAAUGUUCUCCUCUCUAUAUAGCAAAGCCCAUUAACAAUUUGAGACUGCAAUGAUUAAAACAAAACACAAAAGCAAAAACUUAAGGAAAGAGAAUAUUGUAAAGUUUAGAACCAGAUCGUCUGCGUAUCUAGAUUUAGUCGCUGAAUCGAUGUAUAAUUUAUCCUGUAUUCGUUUACUGCUAUUAUCCAACAUCUGAUCAUGUCCACUCUGAUGUAUGUCCACCAAGUUGUCCAAGCCAAAAAGCCCAGAAACCAACCAGAGACAGUAAUUAUUUAGUCCAUGUGUAGAAAGUGUGUUUUGUUUCUUAACUUCUAAGUCAAAUGAAAUUUAAAAAAAAAUUGAUCUGUGAUUAAGCGUCAUUGAAUAUACAUACAUAACAUGCAUAAAUGCAAGCAAAAACAUAUUGACAGCAGCCGCAGCAGUAGAAAAUGCCGAUAAAAAUCAUUUUUACUUAACAUCAACUAAGAUAAAACCAACAACCACAAGAACAUGACAACCACUAAAAGCUUUUUCGCGGUUAACAGCGAAAGCUCCACGGAGCCGAGAAUUAGAGAUACAUCCGUAUCUCGAAACCCUGCUGAGAAAUAUGAUUAGAAUCCGUUUUAGAUAUAGACAUAGCAUUAACAGUAAAUACUUAUGAUCGCUACAAGUUACGAACAUAAAAACCAAUAAGAAACAAAAACGGGCAACUAAAUUUUUUAUUAUGUAUUAAAUAUUUAAAUAAAUAUGUGCAAACAUUUGAUUAAAUUA